AUGCUAUCAAUAAUUAUAAUAUUUGUUAUCUGUUAUCUGUCAUCGCCUGUAAUAUCUUCCGGAAAUAGUUAUUUACAAGAACCAGUCAUUGGUAUAACUGUGAAUCACGCUUGUCAUUUACGUCCGCCUGAAUGUGAACUUCAUUGUUCCUUUGGUUAUCAGUUAGCUCCAUCUGGAAAGUGCUUAUGUAUAUGCCAAUAUGAUCCUUGUCUUAUAAAAAUAUGUCCACCAAAUGAAUACUGCUUAAGAAAUAAAGACGGUACUGCAUUUUGCGUUUCUCAUAUUGUGUCCCAGACAAAUCAGCAAGGAAUAAUUACUAAGCCUGGUGAAUGUCCAAAUCUUAUCGGUGGUACCUGUAUUCAGCGGUGCAAAAGUGAUGGUGAAUGUGGUGGCAUGAUGAAAUGCUGCAGCAAUGGUUGUGGUCGAGAGUGUACUGUUGCUUUAAGUCCUUUACCACUAGUCAAUUCGUUAUCAAUUCAUCCUCUUCAAAGAACUGGACAUACUUAUCGAAUCGGAAAAUGUCCUCUCAAGAAUUACGUCAAGAAUCGGAACUGUGUGCUAGAAUGCACUCAUGAUGAAGAUUGUCCAUGGGUUGAAAAGUGUUGUGAUAAUGGUUGUGGUCGUGUUUGCACACCACCUGAAAAAGCAACAGAUUGCAUACAUCUCCUAUCAGCAAUAAGCCGACUACCGAAUAAAACGUUGGCAAAAGGAUACAUACCAAAAUGUAAAGUUAAUGGGGAAUUCGAGAGUAUACAGUGUGAUGACAUUUACUGUUGGUGUGUAAAUCAAAAAGGUGUUGAAAUUAUUGGAACCAAAACUUUAAAGAAAAUUGCUUUGCCGAAUUGUCUACAAAAAACAAAUUGUUCGACUAAGUUAUGCUCAAAAUUUUGUCAGUUUGGCUAUAAAACAGAUGAAGCAGGUUGUCCAUUGAGUAAAUGUGAUUGCAAAGAUAAUUGUGAAGAGGUGAAAUGUACUGGUAGCAUCGAUAUUUGUCAAAUGGUAGAGCCAGAAUGUGCACAACCACCAUGUCAACCAGUACCGCGAUGUCUAUUGAAUCCAUGUCCGAAAGGAAUACCUAUGAGUUUGUCCAACACUGUAACAGCACUGUGUACCCAUACAAGCCAGUGUUUAUCCAAUCACUGGUGUCAUCAGAUAAGAAUUAUAAAUCAUGCAAUUAGUAAAAAAAAUAUAUUAAUUAUUCUUAUAUUUCAGAUUGGUUUUAAUGCCUUUGGAUUUUGCUGCCCUCAUCCUGAACCAGUAUUGCAUAAUGGAAGUUGUGCAGCAAUUUCAUCGCGAUCCACAGAAAAUUGUAAAUCUGAAUGUAAAGUUGAUUCGGAUUGUUCUGAAUCAAAAAAAUGCUGCUUUGAUGGUUGCAGCCUCAGAUGUGUACUUGACAGCAUAUAUAGUCAAAAUAUUUAUUUUAAUUCUUAUGGUAAUUGGUUAAAUGCAACUCGAAAACUAAUGAAUGUUAAAGGUAUCAAAGUGCAACAAAUAGCAGAAUGUCCACAAAUGCCUCCACAUUAUGGCAUGCAAAAGUGUUCUAUAGAAUGUCAAAUAGAUGAAGACUGUCCAGCAUGUCUACAUGAAGUUAUUACACAAGAAAUUUAUGGGUAUGGUCGAGUACCAAAGUGUACAGAUCGAGGCAAUUAUGAACAAAUCCAAUGCGAUGAUAACAUUUGUUACUGUGUUGACACUAUAAGUGGGAGUGAAAUUCCUGCAACCAGAACAGAGUUGAAUAUGAAACCAGCUUGCAACAGCAUCACUGAAAGGCGACUGGAUUGUGAGCCAUUCAUAUGUCCGAAAAACUGCCCACACGGUUUUGUUAUUACACGUGAAGGUUGUCUGUCAUGUGAAUGCCGAAAUCCUUGCAAAGGCAUUUUAUGUGCUGAAGAAUAUAUUUGCGUGAUGGUGAGCGUAGAAUGUCUUGAUAACGUUUACUGUCCUGAUCAACCACGUUGUGUGCCCAACGUUUGUCCAUCACUAACCUCAAGCAUACUUAUUCCUUCAAAUCUUUGUAAAAACGAUGAAGAUUGUCCAAAUCAAUACUGGUGUAAUAACAUUGGUGUACAAUCUAAAGGAAUAUGUUGUCCUGCAUUUACAAGACAAUUCCGUCAUGAUGCAAAAUGCAAAUCAAUAGAACCGUUUACUGAGCGCAAAGAACCAUGCAAAAUUCAUUGCAAAACAGAUGGUGAUUGUGAAGAUGGUUUUAUUUGCUGUUAUGAUGGGUGUGGAACAAUUUGUACAUCUACAUCUGGUUAUUUCCAACAAAUUUUUGCAUACAUGCUUUUAAAUUAUUCAAGCCCACUUGUGCUAAAAGAUUUUGACUUAUGCCGCAUUUUAUGUGAUUUAAUUAUUAGAUGUUUGCAAGCUAGAUUUGCUUACGAAAAAUUUGGUCUGAAGAAUGCUGUUCUUUGUGAUGAAAAAGGCAAUUAUAAUGAAAUACAAUGUGAUGAAUCGUACUGCUGGUGUGUUUCUCAAACUGGUUUAGAAUUUGAAGGAACCAAAGUUUUUGAUUCAGUUACACCAAACUGUCAAGGUCUGAAAUAUUUUUUAGGGGUAAAAAAUCCGAAAGAUUACUUAUAUAAGUAGAC